UCCUCUUCUGAGGCUCCCUCAUUUCAUCCAUGUCAACCUAUUCGUUUAGCGAGCUUCUUGGUUUCACUUCUAUAGCUUGUUGGCUCGGCGCACAGUUUCCCCAAGUGGUGGAGAACUUCCAGAGGAAGUCUUGUGAAGGCCUAUCGCUCCCUUUCCUCUUCAACUGGCUCCUUGGCGAUCUUUCCAACCUGAUCGGAUGCAUCCUUACCCACCAACUCCCGUUCCAGACAUGGCUCGCAACAUACUUUUGCUUAGUCGACUUCUCGCUACUCAUUCAAUAUUUCUAUUACGGUGGAGGGACUUUAACGACCUCACGAGUCAGUGUCUCGUCACGUUCACGAACUGUCUCCAGGCGAGCAUUAUCAUUCGAAAGGAAUACUUCCCACUACCGCACUCUGUCGGCAGUUGCCAGUAACGUUGCUGCAUCAGCUGCUCUCGCGGCUCAGCAUGACGCUGAAGUAGAAGCAAGGCAUGCACGCAAGCAUCAAGAGCGCGACUUAACUGGACACGAAUCGAUCCCCAAGUCAACGAUACCAUCAGAACGUGUUGAUGAAGUAGACGAUGCCGUGUUCUCCGCCGUAUCUGAUAGCUUUCAUUCGGAUAAUGGACACGGUAGCGGAAGAAAACGGGUGUCCUGGAGCCAAGAGCGUUUGGAUGUGCAUGGCGGCUCAACGCAUCGGCAGUUAUCUCCUGUGCUUCCACCUUCCCUUCGGAUCACAUCAAGUCGUGAACUGCCUUCCGUCUCGCCGACAGGGACGCGCGGACGUGCACUGCAGCGAGACAUCGACGGGGAGGGGGACACGUACGACGAUAUUGAGCCUUCCAGCAGACAGCCCUCAAGUUCUCGGAGAACGAGCUCUAGAGCCAGUCGACGAGGCGCUGCCAUGGUCUUCCUUGGGGUUUGGGCCCUCUUCAGCUUUGGCACGGUGACACGUAAUGAUGGGGCCAUUUCUCUACGCAGCCGGGUCCUUGGAAGGGGCCUAUCUACCGAAGUUGACAAAAGUACGCCUACACGUCGUAGUGGAGGCGAAGAAGUCAACAUACUUGAAACUUGGGCUUUGGAAAAUAGCUCCGUGAUAGUUGAGCUUCCCGCGGUACCAGAUGCAGAGGAUCAUGUGCGGCUGGAUAUCGAGGAGAACCCUCCCUCAACGGAGCGUAUUGUCGGGCGUUUCUUCGCCUGGCUGUGUACUACAUUAUACCUGACCUCAAGAUUACCACAAAUAUGGAAAAACUAUGUCAGAAAAUCAGUUAAAGGACUCUCAUUAUACCUUUUUGUGUUUGCUUUCUUGGGCAACUUCUUUUACGUAUGUUCCCUCCUCUCAUCACCCCCAGCGCAUGCGCCUCCACCAAUAUCCACGGAUUUCUUCAAAGAGAGCAUCCCUUACUUGCUAGGCAGUGGGGGCACUUUUGUGUUCGACGUCACAAUCGUUUCUCAGUUCGCCGUUUAUCGCGUGCGUAAACCACGUCAACGAGGGCGUAGUAACUCCGCACGGCAUCGAACGAUAUCAGAGGAGGAAUCUGGACUAUUGUCAGGGGAUGCUCUUGCAAACUCCCAAAUAGAAGAGAACCGUCCAACAAGAAGCAGGACUUCUGGUCAUCAGGCAAACAUCGAGCAUUCUGAAACGGCUGGCACGAACUCCUCCUUCGACGACCCGCGUCCCGAUCAUCUGCGGGCUUUGGUGUUGGACUAUCUCUGUCACAGUUCAUACACAAAAGCCGCCCAGACUUUUGCGAAGGAAAGCUCCGUGCACCAUCUGGACGCUGAUGGUGACGAGAUCAUGCCUUCCGAAGGCGAUGCGGGGGAUUAUGUCGCUAAGAUCUUGACGGAGGAACGAAUGAGCAAAAUACAUCUCCGUAACCGCAUACGUCUGAAGAUCCUCUCAGGUAGGAUAGAUGAGGCAACAGAGCUACUAAACCAACACUUCCCUUCCGUCCUUUCGGAAAUCCCACCACAUAAGCAGGGCGACGCUUCCAGUUCUUCUCACAAGGUGGAUUACAUCUCAUCUACGACAGUGGAGCCCGCGCAUCUUUCCCUGAAUUUGAAGAUACAAGCCUUCAUUGAAGGCUGCCGCACAAAGUCUCUGCCCUACCAUUCGUCAUCCAUGUAUGAGAAUGCUGAGCCACCCGUCCCUGGACCCUCCAGCGCAUCAGCGGAUGACGAAAGUGCAGCGCAACUACUAGCUCGAGCCCAGAAGAUGCACCGCAGCGUUGUAUCGCUUACAAAGCCAGGUGAUAGAAAAUUGUUUAUGGAAGAACUCGAGAAUGUCAGCAGCUUGCUUGUAUACCCGGUUCCAGAAGAGAGCCCAGUGUCCAAAUACCUUUCCCAGGAGCGUCGUGACAAAGUGGCUGAUCAGAUCAAUAGCGCUAUUCUCUAUCGCUGUGAUCUUCCCGCAGUAUCCCUCCUGGAGCUUGCUGCUCGAUAUAACAGCGCCAUAUUUGCCUCAUUACAACACCUUCAUGUCAAAGUCCCGUCCAAGAGCAACAGACCACCAGGUAUUUCUGGUGCAACUUUAGCCGCAGUCACGAGUUCGGGAUCAAGUGGCAGCGAUAGGGACAUUUCGGAGUAUCUGAGGGCUUUUGAUCAACGAAGUUUCCUAGAUUCUAAGGUGUAGUUUGAUAUUAUCGCACGUAUUUAGUAUUGCAUUCCAACGAUGGCAAAAACCUACAUACCUUUCUGCUGUAUAUUGUCCUUUAAGAUACUAUUCAUCUGGCGUCUCAUGUGCUUCAUGCAUUGUCUUGGGUGUAAUAUUCGGUCGCAGUGUCUUAUUCCCAUUACAAUUUCUUGCGC